UGUGUUUGUACUUGUAAGUUUUAAUAAGUCCCACCCUCCCUCCCCUUCCUUUGCCCAUUUGUCACUUUCCCUCUCUUCCAUUACCGUUUCUUCCUUCAAACUUCACCAUUUCUUCACCUCUCCCCCUUCCCGUUUUUCUUUUUUCUGCAGUCAAGCCUUCAGUAUUUCCCCACACUACUUUCCCUCCCGGUCUCUGGAAGGAAGGAACUCAGUGCGAGUGAGUGAGAGCGGUCUGUCUCGCCUCUCUGAUUUCCCCCAAAGGCAGAGUUCCUAUUCACCUCCGGAGGCCUAGAUUUCUAUUCACCAAAGGAAGAGACACAAUGUCGGCUGUUAAAGAUGAAGACCCUCGUAUCGAUGGCAUCAAAACUAAAAUUCGUGUCGUCCCCAAUUUCCCUAAACCAGGUAUUAUGUUUCAGGAUAUAACAACUCUGCUUCUGGAUCCAAAAGCUUUCAAGGAUACAGUUGAUUUGUUCGUCGAGCGUUACAAGGGCAAAAACAUUUCGGUCGUUGCAGUGUCUACCAAGUUGAGUCUCUAUCCACACCACCUCUAGCACUUGCAUUUAGAAUUUGAGCAGGAACAGUUAAAGCUCUUGUCAGGAUCAAAUCACUACAGCUGAUAUAAAGCACAUCCGGUUACAAGACAAAAUCUGUUAUCUUUUAGGAACAAGUUGCAGUUUUCUGUCCUUGGAAUGGUAAUUUUGUGCAACUUUCUUCAUUAUACAAAUGAAUAAUGCUUGCAGUAGAGCAGGUGUUUGUUUUACCACAGAGGUUUUGAUUGUGUGCUGUAUAACCCCGGAUAGUUUGUAUUAGUAAAGAAUCCCUCCUACCACAUCAAAUUCGCCUUCAAUGUUUCAUAUGCUUGCUUAUUUGCCACUUGGUUGGAGUGAACAUCUCUCCAAGAGUAAUAAUCAGUCAUUUUAUCUCAUUAAGUUGUCAUGGUUUUCUUACUUACAGGUAUAGAGGCUCGAGGGUUUAUUUUUGGACCUCCCAUUGCAUUGGCCAUCGGUGCAAAGUUUGUUCCUUUAAGGAAGCCCAAAAAGCUUCCUGGUGAAGUUAUAUCGGAGGAGUACACACUGGAAUAUGGAAGCGACCGCCUCGAGAUGCACGUUGGAGCUGUUAAUAAGGGCGAACGUGCCCUGGUGGUCGACGAUCUGAUUGCUACUGGUGGCACUCUUUGUGCAGCCAUGAAUUUACUCGAACGAGCAGGAGCAGAAAUUGUGGAGUGUGCCUGUCUUAUCGAGUUGCCCGAGUUGAAGGGGCGGGAUAGAUUGCACGGGAAGCCAUUGCAUGUGCUUGUAGAGUAUCACUAAAGGGUUCGGUUGCAGAUUUUGGCUGAAGUGAUUGUUGUAUCACUACUUGAUUAGUUGAAUUUGGAUUUUAAAUUAUUGUGGCUAUUGCUGUAACUUAUCAAAGCUAGUGAGCCUAGUAUAACAGCAGACAUUAUUGAUUUGAAGUAUCAAUAUGAAUAUAUUAUGGUCUAUGGAGACUAAGUAUCCAUCCAUGACCAUCUUUUCUCACUCACUUCAUAGAUAAAGUUUGUUUGAUGUGAGCUAAAUCAUUGUGUAC